AUGAGUGCGAACUCAGCUACAGGAUUUAUGAUCGAGAACCAGAAGGAGUGGCAUAAUUUCAAGAGACGAGAGACAUUGCCAUCGAUUGCUGUGGUGUCCGCAGCUCAGAUGUGCAUACAAUCACCGGAGCAGGCUGAUAGUGUAUCCUCAGGCUGGGGUGAAUGUCCGCUUCCUAUUUGUGUCGGCCACGAGAUCGUUGGGAGAGUAGUCGCAGUCGGGAAAACCGUCAAAACCGUCAAGAUCGGCGACCGUGUCGGCGUGGGAGCUCAAGUGCAGUCAGAUUUGACUUGUACCAAUUGCCUGGGGGACCAAGAAAAUUACUGCUCUAAUAUGAUCGAUACCUACGGUUCGCUAUACCCAGAUGGAACGAUAUCUCAAGGGGGCUUCUCGUCACACAUCAGGGCUCACGAAUAUUUUACGUUCAAGAUCCCAGAUGCAAUCGAGAGCGAGGUUGCGGCUCCUAUGCUGUGUGCAGGCAUCACUGUGUACAGUCCUCUCGUUAGGUUAGGCGCCGAGCCUGGAAAGAGGCUUGCUGUCGUCGGACUGGGUGGACUGGGGCACUUUGCCGUAAUGUUUGCGGUGGCCCUGGGCGCUGAAGUCUACGUCCUCUCCCAUACUCCGUCUAAGAGAGGAGACGCUCUCAAGAUGGGCGCGAAGCAGUUCGUCGUGACCGGCACCAAAGACUGGCACAAGCCAUACCAAUUCACCUUUGAUCUCAUCCUGAACACUACAGACGCUUUGCACUCGUUUGUGCUUCCGGACUACUUCAGUACGCUGAAAGUCAACGGCCAUUUUCAUACCGUCGGCUUCGGGGACCACCCACUCCCAUCUAUCAUGGCCCAGAGUUUUGCUCCGAAUGGGUGCUAUUUUGGAGCGUCGCAUAUUGGAAAUCGCCCAGAAAUGAUUGCGAUGUUUGACCUUGCGGCGGCUUGCAAUCUUAAGAGUUGGAUCCAGCCGGUGCCUAUAAGCAGGGACGGCUGUGCUCAGGUUGUUAAGGACGUGCACGCAAACAAUGGUCGAUAUAGGUAUGUCCUAGUUGAAUAUGACAACGAGUUUGGCAAGAGAGCAUGA